CGUGUUUUCGCCUGCUAAAGAAGCAAAUUGUUAACCGCUAGGUGCUAAGCUGUAAGAAUGGGGUGGUUGUUAUCGCAGCUAAACAAUUACCCAUUAGCUGAGCUGAAUGGCAAAAGAUGCAGCUAGUUACGAACAAGCCUUAUGAUAGCGCCUUCCUGGGUAGGGAGCAAGCUCACCUCACGUGGAUGGACAGUUAUGGGAGGUGAAGUGCAAUAAGACUGAGGAAAUGAGACAGGAUAAUUGAUAGUUAAUUCCCCUAAUUUAAAUUCCCCUUUCCUGCAGCAGUCUCAUUGGCCUUGACAAGCGUGUUGAAAGAGUUUCUAUACUACAGUGUUGCACCGAGUGUACCGACCGAAGGGGAACAUAAGACCACUGGUCCUCCUGACCAGGUCAGUAGUGUUUACACCAGGAAAUGUCUUAUUUGGAGCUAAUAAAACACACACCAGACAUGCACACACGCACACAUGCGGUAACAUAAAGUUACCAUGACAACGAUACUUAGCCGCAGUACUUUCAUCUGUAUGUAGUGGUACAGAUGAAAGUACCUGAUGUAACUGACGUACUUAAAAGCAGGAUGGUAUGUGAGUGUCAUGAAAUGGUGAGCUUGUCACAAGUAAACUGAGUUCAUCAGUGGAGCAGCAGCUGAACAUUAUCUGAGUGAGAAGUUUCAGGUCAUGAACAUGUUGGGCCUAAUGGACAGAAUAACUUACAUUAAUCUAUUAAUGUUUUAUAUUUUUGUUUCCAUCCAUGGACAAUAUGAAGGUGUGUUUCCCAGAUGUCAAGUUGCGGUGAUGGUCCCAAGAUGCAGAAGAGAAGUUGUAAUUCCACGACAAUCUGUGACAGUCAGCUGUCCUGUCGUACACUGUGGAAAGUCACUGAAGAUAAUCUGGUGCAAACUUUCCAACACUGGCAGAUGUCAACAAAUAGGAAACACAGAGAAUGUGAAAAUAUGGCAGCGCACCUGUCACAAGGAUAGACUCGUAUCUUACCUAACUUUCAAACAGAUUUCUGUAUGUGAUGGUGGCCUGUACAGAUGUGAAAUACGUGGAUUGGCAAAUGGUGAAUCCCAUAUCAGUAACCACAUCAACAUCUCAGUUCCAGGUGUGUUUCCCAGAUGUGAAGUUGCGACGAUGGUCCAAAGAGGCACUACAGUCGUAACAAUCCCACAACAAUCUGUGACAGUCAGCUGUCCUGUCGUUCACUGUGGAAAGUCUCUGAAUGUAACCUGGUGUAAACUUUCCAACACCGGCAGAUGUCAACAAAUAGGAAACACAGAGAAUGUGGAAAUACAACAGGACGGCCAUCUCAAGGAUAAAGUCAUCUCUAAUCUAACCUUCAAACAGAUUUCUGUAGGUGAUGAUGGCCUGUACAGAUGUGAAUUGCAUGGAUUGGCAAAUGGUGAAUCACAUGUCAGUCACCACAUCAACAUCUCAGUUUCAGCUGCAUCACUGAGCCAAGCUGUUGAUGAGUCUGCGUCCUGGCAUCCCUACUUCUAUAUCUGCGGAGGCGUCGCUGUUUUGGUCUUCAUAUUAACAGCAUUAACUCUGCAACAGUUUUACCGCUGUAAACAACCGACCUACAAGCCAACAAAGAAACAGGACAAGUACAUUCUGAAUGACAUCUGCUCUCCGAGUGCUGCACAGACACCACCUCCCCUGAUCACUGAUGGGAAGCAGCCUUUAGAGAGCACAGCUAAUAAACAUCGAGAGUAUGCUGUCAUCAACCAUGCACAGUCUGAGAUUUCUGCCAGCAAACAGCAUGUUGCGACUGAACAAGAUAAAGACCCACAGUAUCCUGCAAUCAUUGUUUCCUGAACCUUUCGGACGAGUACGUUCUGGAUCAAAUCUACUCUCCAAGUGCUGCACGGACACCACCUGAUCACUGAUGGGAACCAGCCUUUAGAGAGCACAGCUGAUAGAUAGAUAGAUGGAUAGAUAGAUAGAUAGAUAGAUAGAUAGAUAGAUAGAUAGAUAGAUAGAUAGAUAGAUAGAUAGAUAGAUGGAUAGAUGGAUGGAUAGAUGGAUGGAUAGAUGGAUAGAUGGAUAGAUAGUUAGAUAGUUAGAUAAAUAGAUUGUUCGAUAGUUAGAUAAAUAGAUCGUUCGAUAGUUAGAUAAAUAGAUCGUUCGAUAGUUAGAUAAAUAGAUCGUUCGAUAAUUAGAUAAAUAGAUCGUUCGAUAGUUAGAUAAAUAGAUCGUUUGAGUUAGAUAAAUAGAUUGUUCGAUAGUUAGAUAAAUAGAUCGGUCGAUAGUUAGAUAAAUAGAUCGUUCGAUAGUUAGAUAAAUAGAUUGUUUGAUAGUUAGAUAAAUAGAUCGUUCGAUAGUUAGAUAAAUAGAUCGUUUGAGUUAGAUAAAUAGAUCGUUUGAGUUAGAUAAAUAGAUUGUUCGAUAGUUAGAUAAAUAGAUUGUUUGAGUUAGAUAAAUAGAUUGUUCGAUAGUUAGAUAAAUAGAUCGGUCGAUAGUUAGAUAAAUAGAUCGUUCGAUAGUUAGAUAAAUAGAUUGUUUGAUAGUUAGAUAAAUAGAUCGUUUGAGUUAGAUAAAUAGAUAGUUUGAGUUAGAUAAAUAGAUUGUUCGAUAGUUAGAUAAAUAGAUCAUUUGAGUUAGAUAAAUAGAUUGUUCGAUAGUUAGAUAAAUAGAUCGUUCGAUAGUUAGAUAAAUAGAUUGUAUGAUAGUUAGAUAAAUAGAUCGUACGAUAGAUAGAUAGAUCAAUGGAUAGAUAGGUAGGUAGGAGUGGCUCAGUAGUUAAGACCAGUACCCUGUGUGCGAAAGAUAUCAUGGUCGCAAUAGUCGCAAGUUCGACUCCACCCCUGGCUAAUUGUACUGAAUUCCAUUGUAAGUUGCUUUGCGUCUGCUAAAUGACAUGUAAUGUAGGUAGAUAUCUAGAUAGAUGAUAACAAAUAUCUCUGGCAUUAUCCUUUGUAGUAACAUAUGUUGAGCCACAUAUAGUUAACAUUCUGAGAUUCUUUAGUUGAAUAAAAGUCAAGUGAAGCCA